GAUAGGCUACUCGUGACUUCCUCAUUUUGCGAGAGGUAUCUGCAAACCACGCCGUCGAAUAUAGGACAUUAAAACUGUUUAGACACAGACGACUGCUGGUUUUGCUACGUAUUUUAUACUUCGCCAGAAAAUGUUUAAAUUUAUUUUAGCGGCCGUGUUGCUGUUAGCAUGUCUAAGAGAGGGGUAUGGGGCUUGUGGGAUCGCUCCACUUAAGACGCUCACCACACCCUUGGGACAGACAGUAGAGUACUGUGAGUGGGAAGGAAAGAAGCUUGGUGUUGGAAGCUCCAUACGUCUGGUAUCAGCCAAGGGCUGCUACAGAGUCAAUUGCAUCGACCGUGGCCUUAUGUUCUGUGGAAAUGGCAUAUAUGUUCCCCCGUCAGAUUGUGACGUCAGUUACGACGCAUGUAACGUGGUCUUCGUAAAGAAAGAUAAUCCUCUGGAAGUUUGCGAAAACUCUCCCUGGCAACCAUCCAUGACGCCAUCUAUCGGAAAGAAAUAAUCAGUUACGAGCUGAACAAUUACAAUCUACUAACCAUGCUAUUUUCAGUCGCAUAAUACAACAUUUUAGGGAUUUAAAUCAACAUGCCAUUUGCCAUUCUACACAUCCCCACCUAACGGCUUUCAAAACACCAGCUUCAGAUGCUUGAUACAAACAAGUAAUAACGCCAAAGUGCUAUUUCUGGAAAAUAAAUUUU